AUGCUCCUUCCAUUUGCCGACACCCCUAGGGGCAGACGAGAAUACCUUACAGAUCCCAACGCAAGAUACCGGACCGGUUCAUGGCCACCAGUGAUGGAACUGCUGCAGGUAGUGCUCCUCGACAAUCCACCACCGCUAUGCCAUGUGUGCUGGGAAUGGCAUCCAUCGACCGAGGACCAGUACAGACAUGUCGAAUGGCCUUCCUCAGCACAGGAGAGAGAAGCUCGACAGGCAUGGUUCAACAGGUCGAUCUUUGACCUGUUUGACGAUCUGUGUGAAUUCGGUGCAACCGCUAAGCAGAACGCAAAGCCAAGGUUCAAGCUGCUUUAUGCUCGCUUGCCACCCGACCCAGAUACCCUCGAUGGCGUCUGGAAGCAUUACACACCUCGCCUGUAUCGCCCGGAUCAGCCCUUUCAUGACACCAACCCCUGGUUCACCAUGACAGAACUUCAGGAUAAGAUCGGUGCAAGAUCCGGGACUGAUCUAGCCACAUUCCUGAAGCCACUGUUCAAGCAUCGAGCAGCACAAUCUGUCAGAUCAACCGGAUGCGCAGGUCCUGCUUCAACAACAGCUCAAUCAGCUGAAGCAAGUGACCCACAGGCAAAUGGCAAUCUCGAUCAAGCUAACGAGCAGGUCAAGAACACCCAGACCGCCCUUGAUCUGGCUACCAAACAGGUCAAUGAGCUUGAGACCGGUCGAGUGACAAUCAAGGCCGAACUGGACCGGGCCAUCAGCCGAGUCAGGGAACUUGAAGACGGUCAAGUGACAGUCAAGGCGGACCUAGACCGGGCCACCAGCCGAGUCAGGGAACUUGAAGAGGGUCAAGUGACAAUCAAGGCGGACCUGGACCGGGCUACCCAACAGGUCAACGAGCUCAAGGCUGGUCGAGCGACGAUCCAGGCGAGCCUAGACCAGGCUACCAGCCGAGUCAGGGAGCUUGAAGACGUUCGGUCAAACAACCUCGAUGAACGGGUCAAGGAGCUCGAGACCAGUCAAGAAAAGGUUCAGAUGGACCUAGACCACGCUUCUAAACGAGUCAAGGAACUCGAGGAGCAAAACCGGCUGCUACAGGAUGAGAAGAAGGCGGCGGCUGACACAAUUGGCAGCAUGCAGUCGGCACAGACAGGCCUCGACGCAAUUCUCAAGAAGUUUCGCUGGCCAUCCGAUGACCCUCCUGCGCUGGAACAGAAGAUACUUCGCUUCCUCAGCGAGCGGCAACAGGCACAAACCUCUGCAACCGCUCUGCACAAGCAGGUCGAGCAGCUUGAAAAAGAGCUACAAGACCAAAAGGACAAACUCCGAGCCUGUCGAGCCGAGUCCUCCAGGUUGAAGACGGAGCUUGCCAAUCCCCCUCAACCAGUACCUGCCAACAUCCCUCAACCAGUACCUGCCAACAUCUCUCAACCGGUUCCCGCCGACGCCCCUCAGCCGAUUCCCGCCGACGUCCCUCAGCCCGUUCCCGCUUUUGCGCCCCCUGUCACUGCCGAUCUUGACGACGACUUGUCCCCCGAUAAGGUCGACUAUGCCAUGCGACGUAUCGCCAAUACGGUUUCCAACAGUCUCCCUGACUUCAAGACCGGUUACAUGCAGGCAAUCGAUGCCUGCACUCAAAAACCGGUCAAUUUUCGCAAGAUAGAGCGGUUCAUCUACGAUACUGCUCGGUUCAAGGAGUACGAUCAGGAUCACGAAGUCCAGUCUCUCAUGGGGCAGUUCAGCCGCAAGGUCACGAUCAGGGAGAUUGACGACGGGCAAGAGUCCAAAGAGGCCCAAAACAACCGUGCAGACGCCGAUGAGAGUGAUGAGGAGGAGGACAGUGAUGAGGAGGAGAGUGAGGAGGAGGACAGUGAUGAGGAGGACAGGGUUAUGACAGUGUUCAGA